AUGAGUAGACGAGACUUCUUGUCCAUGCCCGCGCCCGAGAACUAUGUAGCUGGUCUCGGGCGAGGUGCCACUGGAUUCACAACUCGAAGUGAUCUGGGUCCGGCGCGUGAAGGUCCUUCUGAGGAGCAGAUGAAGGAGAUGCUAGCAAAGCGCGCUGCGUCCCUCGGUCAAGCUGCGCCCUCUGCAUACGGCGUGACAGAGAAGAAAGAGGAGGAAGACGACGAGGCAGAUAGAUUCCAGGACCCCGACAACGAGGUCGGCCUGUUCUCAAGCGGCAUGAACUACGACAAGGACGACGACGAGGCAGACAGGAUCUAUCAGGAAGUAGACGAGAAGAUGGACAAGCGGCGGCGAGCCAGAAGGGAAGCUCGCGAGCAACAAGAACGAGACGAUUACGAGAAGAACAACCCCAAGAUCCAAUUACAAUUCGCCGACCUCAAGCGCGCGCUGAGCGGCGUCUCCGAGGAAGAAUGGGCAGCGCUGCCCGAGGUGGGAGACAUGACAGGAAGAGCGAAGCGCGCAAGAGAGGCCCGCAUGGCGAAUGCGCGAUCAUAUGCGGUGCCUGACAGCGUUCUGUCGGCGGCCUCCAGGUCCGGGGAGCUCGAGACGUCAAUCUCCACAGAGGACGCCAGUUCUGGGACAAUGACUAACUUUGCAUCCAUUGGUGCUGCACAGCAGUCUGCAUUGCAAGUCCGACUCGAUUCGGCAGCAGCAUCCAGCGGCUCUGGCACACAGACAACAGCAACAUCGGGCACCGCGACCGUCGAUCCAAAAGGCUAUCUCACGGCGUUGGAUAAGAAGGAGAUGCAGGGCGGCGAGGUACCCGUGGAAGACAUCAAUCGAGCGCGAGUGCUGCUGGAAUCUGCGGUCAAGACAAACGUCACCAAUGGCCCUGGUUAUGUUGCGCUAGCUCGUUUGGAAGAAGUCGCGGGCAAGAUUCACACUGCAAAGAAGGUCAUCCAGAAGGGUUGCGAGAUGUGUCCAAAAUCAAUAGUCGUAUGGGAGGAGGCCAUCAGAUUGAACCGCGAGCAGCUUCACAACGCGAAAAUCAUUGCGGCGAACGGCAUCAAGCUCAAUCCCAAGGCUAUUGUUCUAUGGAAGGCAGCAAUCGAUCUUGAGCAGACGCCAGCUGCUAGGAAGAAGGUAACUCGACAAGCGCUGGAUCACAACCCUCAGUCUGUAGAGCUGUGGAAGACGUUGAUCAACGACACAGAGGACAUCGAGAACGUGAAGCUGUUAUUUGCGAAAGCUACAGAAACAGUGCCACUGUCAGAAGAGCUUUGGAUAUCCUACGCACGUGUGAGCGACGCAGAUGCAGCCCAACAAGUCCUGAACAAAGCGCGUAAGGCCAUUCCUACCAGCUGGGCCAUCUGGGUGCAGGCUUGCCGAUUGCAAGAAGAACUCGGGAAGGUCGAUAUCUGCGACAGGAUCAUGGAGCGUGCUGUCAAGGCUUUGGUCAAGGAGAAUGCUAUGAUCAAGCGCGAGGAGUGGCUGACACAGGCUGAAAUCUGUGAAGAGGAGGGUGACAAGGUCACAGCAGCUUCGAUCGUGAAGGCGACCAUUGGCUGGAGCCUUGAUGAGGACGAUGAGCGACGCGACAUUUGGCUUGAAGACGCGAAGAGCAUCUCUAACAGAGGCCGCUAUGAGACCGCACGAGCGAUCCUCGGCCACUGUGUGUCUGUGUUUCCGUACUCGACGACUGUCUGGCACGCAUCUGCCGACCUCGAGAAGCACCAUGGAACUAGCGAGUCUCUACUCAGCGUUCUCGAGCGUGCCGUCAACGCCUGUCCCAACUCGGAAUCGCUGUGGCUGUUGUAUGCACGAGAAAGGUGGCAGGCUGGAGACAUCGAGGGUGCUCGUCAAGUCCUGGGUCGCUCGUUUGAGCAACUGCCUGGUAAUGAGAACCUCUACACACGAGCUGUUGACUUUGAAGCGGACGCUGGCAACUACGAGCAAGCGCGCAGUUUCCUCAAGGUCGCGCGAGACUCAGCCGCCACGGACCGCAUCUUCAUGAAAUCCGCAGUUCUCGAGCGUCAGCUCGGAGACUUCGAGACCGCAAUCGACAUCUGCAACCAGGGCCUGCAAAACUGGCCCGGCAGCUGGAAACUCCACGCCAUCAAGGGUCAAAUUUACGAGCAACUGUCCAAGCUCAAAGAAGCCCAAGAAGCCCUCAGCAUCGGCACACGCGCCGCCCCCAAGGCGCCCAUGCUGUACAUCCUGCUCGCUCGCAUCCAAGAAAGAACUGGCGCCGUCGUCAAAGCCCGCUCAACUCUGGACCGCGGUCGCCAACAGAACCCAAAAACCCCCGAGAUCUUAUGUGAAGCAGUCCGCCUCGAGCGCAGAAGAGGCGACAUCCCCGCCGCGCAGAAAGUCAUGGCCAUUGCGCUGCAAGAGUGUCCAACGUCAGGCCUGCUCUGGGCAGAGAAGAUCAUGCAUCUCGAGCCGCGCACGCAGCGAAAGCCACGAGCGCUGGAAGCCAUCAAGAAAGUCGAAAAGGACCCGCAACUCUUCGUCGUGGUCGCCCGCAUCUUCUGGUCUGAGCGCCGGCUCGACAAGGCGGCUACGUGGUUCACCAAGGCUGUCGUCUUGGAUCCGGAUUACGGCGAUGGCUGGGUGUGGUAUUAUAAGUUCCUCGAGCAGCAUGGUACCGAGGAGAAGAAGCUGGAGGUUCUGAGUAAGGCUGCGCUGGCGGAACCGAAGCAUGGCGAGAUUUGGCAGGGUGUUAACAAGGACACGAAGAAUGCGCGGUUGGGCGUUGAGGAGGUGCUCAAGCUGGCCGCGAGCAAGGCUGAGUAG